AUGGAUAACUUAGUGAUGUUGAGAGAAGGGUGGGAUCAAUGGCUGCUGAUGGGGCUAAUUGGAACAGCAGCUGGGAUGCUGGGGCUUCUGAUUCAUCAGAUAAUUGACUCACUCAUCAGACUGAAAUGGGACCUGGUGGAAAAUUACCUGCAGGAUGGCAAGAUCCACAUGACCUGUGUGUGUGUGCCUGGGACUGGGCUGGCCAUGGUGGUCCUCUCUUCAGGCUCAGUGCUGUGCGUGCUGGCUGUAGCCUCUGGGCUCUUUUGCGGGCCAGAGGGUCCCAUGACCCAUUUGGGUGCUCUCCUGGGUUGUGGCCUGAGCCAGCUGCAGUCAGACACCCUCAGCCUCCACCUCCCCAUCUUCACCAGGUUUCAGAAUCCAAUGAAGAACUUGCUGGACCUAAACAUCUUGGCCUUCAUUCUGACCAUCCUUCUUGGAAUGCUUGGAGGUCUUCUGGGAGCUCUCUUUAUCUGCCUAAAUACAAAGAUUAAUAAAUUGCACGUGGGGUUCUUUAAUUCAAUUCCAAAGCUUUCCUUAGAAAAAACAAGCAGGCUGUUGGAAGCUCUGCUCAUCCUUGUAUGUACAAUGACAGUUACAGUGUGUUUACCAGGUUUCUUUCCAAGCAUCCCAGUCAUGAGACACUACCAGCUGAGAAACAACAACUCAGAAAUCAUAAAUCAGUUCAAGAGGGAAAUUUCAGAAUAUAGCUGUUCAUCAAGCACAUGGAUUGGUCCAGAUGGAGUCAGAUAUUCUAAUCAAACCUUCAAUCAAGCUGUUGUUGCUCUAGUUGAAAAUGGUAAGCAAGAGAUCACUCAUGAGGAGUUUGGAUCCGCAUCCCUCUGCGAUGCAUCCUGGACAGCAGGUUCUGCUGCUGCCAGUGGCCUGGUUAUUCCUGUACUGUACAGAGGGGCUUUGCAUGGCAGGACCACUGGCUUGAUCCUCAGUUCCAUUGUUGGUGUUCAAGCUAAUGAAUACAGAGCAUGGAUUGAUCCAGGUCUCUCUGCUGCCAUUGGAGCUGCCUCCUUUCUCAAUGGUGUGUCAGGACCAACUCUCUCCCUCACUGUGAUAAUGGUAAUCAUUUGUUCUGUUUUAUCCAAUGAUGUCCAGGCCUUGCUUCUGAUAAUGCUGGCUGUCAUACUUGCCAGGAUGGUUGGUGACUUGUUCAGCCCAUCCCUGUGCAGUUCCCUAUUGAAGUUGAAAUGUAUUCCCUACUUGGAUGUGGAACCUUUUGCUCAUCACAGGAGAAAAUGGUUGAACCUGGAACUGUUCUCUGCCAGGGACAUCAUGGAGCCUGGCGUCAGAGUCUUUCACCUGAAGGGAAACAUUGCCUCCUUGGCUCAGCUUCUUGCAAGUAAAAGCCGGGGCGGAUUCCCAGCGGUUUGCAGGCCCAAGCCAGACCAUGCAGAGGUGUUCCAGGGAGCUAUUUAAAGGCUAGAGCUCUGCAUGCUGCUGGAGAAUGAGAACAUCUUUGAACCAGAGACAAAUGAUGAAUCUUCUUCCUCCUCUCCUCUCACCUGUGAGAAGAUAACAGAGGAGAAGCUGCCCACUGUGUCACGCCUGACCAGGCUGCUGAAUCGCUACACUACAGAUCCCCAGUAUCAGCAACUCUUCAUCAAUCUGCCAUACAUAAACAAGUCUGCAAUGUCAGUCCAAGCUCAUUUCUCACGGUAAUGCACCUAUGUCAUCUUUUGCACCCUGGGUCUGUGCCACCUCACUGUUGAUGAACCACUGAACCGAGCGGUUGGGGUGAUCACCAGGAAGAACCUGACGCCUUUCACACUGGAGUUGAGGCUCAGGACCCAGCUGGCACCACAGAGCCCUGAUGCCCGUGGGUAG